CUGUGCUUACGGCUCCUUGCCAGGCUGGGAGGAUGAGGCUCGCGGUGGGCGCCCUGCUGGCCAGUGCUAUCCUAGGGCUGGGCCUCGCCACCCCGGAGAAGACGGUCCGGUGGUGCGCUGUGUCCGACCAUGAGGGCAGCAAGUGUGCCGCGUUCCGUGACAUCAUGAAAACCGUCCUCCCGGCGGACGGCCCCCAGCUCGCCUGCGUGAAGAAAGCCUCCAGCCAUGACUGCAUCAAGGCCAUCUCGGGGAAGGAAGCGGAUGCCGCCACGGUAGAUGGUGGUUUGGUCUACGAAGCGGGCCUGGCUCCCAACAACCUGAAGCCUGUUGUGGUGGAGUUCUACGGAUCAGCAGAGAAGCCUCAAACUGACUACUACGCGGUGGCCGUGGUGAAGAAAGGCACUGACUUCCAGAUGAACCAGCUCCAGGGCAAGAAGUCCUGCCACACGGGGCUGGGCAGGUCUGCCGGGUGGAACAUUCCCAUCGGCUGGCUCUACUGUGAUUUACCCGAGCCCCGGAAGCCCCUGGAGAAAGCAGUGGCCAAUUUCUUCUCGGGUAGCUGUGUCCCCUGCGCAGACGCGGCUGCCUUCCCCAAACUGUGUCAGCUCUGCCCAGGGUGUGGCUGCUCUUCCCAGAACCCAUACUUUGGCUACGUCGGUGCCUUCAAGUGUCUGAGGGACGGUGGUGGAGAUGUGGCCUUUAUCAAGCACGCCACCAUAUUUGAGGUCCUGCCCGAGAAGGCCGACAGGGACCAGUAUGAGCUGCUGUGUCCGGACAACACCCGGAGGCCGGUGGACGAGUACGAGCAGUGCCACCUGGCCCGGGUGCCUUCCCACGCCGUGGUGGCCCGGAGCGUGGACAGCAAGGAGGACCUGAUCUGGGAGAUCCUCAACAAGGCCCAGGAACAUUUCAGCAAAGGCAAAUCAAAGGACUUCGACCUCUUCAGUUCUCCCCACGGGAAGAACCUCAUGUUCAAGGACUCUGCUGUGGGCUUCUUACGGGUUCCCCCGGGGAUGGACUACAAGCUGUACCUGGGUCAUCAAUACAUCACCACCCUUCGGAACCAACGGGAAGGCAUAUGCCCGGCUGAGGCUCAGGAGGAGUGCAAGAGCGUGAAGUGGUGUGCCCUCAGCCACCACGAGAGGCUCAAGUGUGACCAGUGGAGCGUCAACAGCGGAGGGGUGAUAGAAUGCGAGUCGGCAGAGACCCCCGAGGACUGUAUCGCCAAGAUUGUGAAUGGAGAGGCGGACGCCAUGAGCACGGACGGAGGAUACGUGUACAUUGCAGGCCAGUGCGGUCUGGUGCCUGUCCUGGCCGAGAACUACAAAAACCCAAAUUGUGAAAGUCCACCAGAGGAAGGAUAUUUGAGCGUGGCUGUGGUGAAGAAGUCUGAUCCCAGCAUCACCUGGGACAAUUUACAAGGCAAGAAGUCUUGCCACACGGGCGUCAACAGGAAUGCUGGCUGGAAUAUCCCCAUGGGCCUGAUCUAUACCAAGAUCAACCACUGCAGAUUCGGGAACAUUCUGGAAGCAUCCUCGGCAGCUUCCCCUUGCUCCCGGGGUGGGGGUGUCAGCUGUCCCGUGAUGUCCGCGGGCAGCCCGGCGACGGUAGGGCCCUUAACACGUGGUUUCCCGCGCCUUGGGCAGAACGAGUUCGGAAGUAAGGUCAGCGACUGCUCCAGCAAGUUCUGCAUGUUCCACUCCGAGACCAAGGACCUCCUGUUCCGAGAUGACACUAAGUGCCUGGUCCAGCUGCCCGAGGGCACCACCGCCGAGAAGUACUUAGGAGACGAGUAUAACAAGGCCAUCGGGGGCUUCCGCAAGUGCUCGACCUCAUGGCUCCUGGACGCCUGCUCUUUCCACAAACAUUAAAACCUGAGAGGUGAGCUUCUCCCGGCGAUCGGCCAUUCAAGUGACCCUCAGGCUUCUCCUGGCCUCCACAGCCCGAGGUCCCCGAUGCCAGCCUUGUCUAGUCUUUGCCACGUGCCCCAAGCAUGAAUAAAAACCUA